UCAUCUCGCGCCGCUGCAUCCUCCUCACGCUCGAGUUUCACCAAAUGUUUUGACGCCGGUAUUUUCCGGACUAUUUCUGUCCGUUUUUCGGUAAAAUGUCGGUUUUUCACGACGAGAUCGAGAUCGAAGACUUUGAAUUCGACGAAGAAACGGAAACAUACUUCCCGUGUCCGUGCGGAGACCGGUUCUCCAUCAGCAAAGAAGACCUGCAGAGUGGUGAGGACGUGGCCUCCUGUCCCAGCUGUUCACUCAUCGUUAAAGUCAUUUAUGACAAGGACUUGUUCGCAGUCGGAGAAACAGUUGCAGCGCCGUCGUCUUCAGAGUCUAAACUGGAGCUGGUCCAGAGCUGAAGACCACCUGAAGACCACCUGAAAGACUUCCUGAAAGACCCCCUGAAGUACCCUGCAGACCCCCUG